CUAGUACUUGCAACAAUUUUUAUACGAGUCAAGCGGAAGGUGGUCUACUAGGUCAACACAUCACAGCCAGCGACGUUCACGUCUAUGAUCCGAAUGCAGGGAACGGCGCUCUGCUCUUUGCCGAGACGACUGCGUUGACACCUGGCUUCUUUCGGCGCUCAAGAUACCGGGAACGGGAUAUUGAUGGAGAUGAGGAGGAUGAAGAUGAGGAUGAAGAGGAGGAUCAAGGUGUAAUAGUGGAGGCCCACGAAAUUGAAGCUCAGGUAGAAGAUCCUCAUGCUCACCGCGAAGACGCUGGAACCCUCGCCGAACAGCUUCUUCUCACCUCAGUUGCGGAUCUUGUCAUGAACGACGUCCUCUUGAGCAAAGAGUUGCGAAAGGAGGUGGAGCCUCUGUGGAACCGCGAAGACGAACUGAGAUACAACGAGUACGGCAGACCAGGUUCUGGGAGGUGGGACAGG